UAUGUUUAUUGAAUUGGUAAUUCUCGAUACAAAGUGCAACUAAAUUGGUAGUGUUGGUGUAUAAUAGAACGAGAAAUAUUUUUAUGAAAAUAUUUACAUCACAUAAAUUUAAUUUGUAGGAGUAAUUUGUGAUAAUAUUAUUUAUAUCAAUUCAUAAUUUAUUAAUUAAAAUAAUAUAAUAUUAACACUCAAUUCAUGUUUUCAAUAUUGAGGUGUGAGAGGACAUGAAUCAGGAUAGUUAAUUACUCAUUUAAUUCAAUUAUUUUUAACGAAUUACCAAAUAAGUGUAGCAUAAUAAUUUUUUUUAUUUUUUUAUGUUAAUGUAGAUUAUAAUUUAACGAUUUGAUGUUAAUCGCAAUAUAACUUUGGUUAGAAGCCCAAUAACUUAUUGUUUUACUAUUGUAUAUUCCAUAAAAUAACAUAUUCGUCACAAUUCCCAAUACACAUUUUCCUUCUCCACUUUCCUCCAUAAAAUUCCAUUUUCCUUCCAUUUUUCUUAACCUUCAAAUUGUCCCUCCCCUCCAUUUUCCUCUCUUCCUUUGAGAACAGAGGAUAAAAAACAGAGUGUUAGUAAAUUUGUCUAUCCAAUUGAUUUGAUUGAUACAAUUGCUCGCCAUUUGGAAAAGAAGACGACACCCGGUUUAAUCUCUCCUCUACGUACCUCCCUCUCAUUUCUUCACAUCGCUCCCAAAGUUCAGCCAUUUCAAACCUAAUUAGUAACCAAAUUUUUACCUAAAUAGAUUUUGAAUACGUCUAACCUCUUCCUCAACAUCCCUCAAUUUUCAUCCCAUCUUACACCUUUGAACAAAACACUCGAUGCCCCCAUUUCCUUUUCUUUGAAGGAAAACACAAAGAAAUUCUUAAACAACAUAUAUUGUUAUGCUUUUUUACUCAUCCCCUUCUACAUCUCUGAAAAAAUUGCAUCUUUUUGUUAACGAUUGUUUUGUUUGAUCCUCAAACAAACAUUCUACAUCUCGGGGGGAAAAUGCAUUUUUGUUGUUGUUAACGAUUGUUUGAUCCUCAAACAAACAAUCUACGCAGCAGCAACAGAAAGGUAUAUCCAUGAAAAAAAAUAUGGACGAUGACCAAAAUCAAGAAUUCCGUACUUCUUAAAUUUGAUCAUUGUUUUUAUCACCCCCGAUUAUACACAUUCUUUUAUUUCCUCUUUUUGUUCUUGUGGAAUACCUUUGCUUACGAAAUUCAUUCGUUCAAAUUCAAAUAUAAUCCCCUCCCUCGCUUUCCUUCUUAAUUGCCAUUUUAUUUUGGUAUAUGUACAUUUACCAAUGCCUGUGGCCGACCCAAGUUCAGGCCAAUUCUACAUAUGGAUCAUAGCAGUUGUCUUGUUCAUGGCCGUGACACUCGGUGGGAGCUUCCUCAUAAUGUACCUGAUCCUCCCUCCCAGCCCUUCCACACAAUGGCUCCCCAUUGCAGGAGUCUCCCUCGUUUGCCUCCCUUGGGGAUUUUGGUUAGUCACUUGCAUCUAUCGUGUCGUAUCUCGUACUUUUGGGUUUAGGGUAGUCAUUGGUGGUGGUGGUGGUGGCGGCGGCGGUGGAGGAGGAGGGGGAGGCAAUGGAAACAAUAUCGACAAUAUCGGGAUUAGUGGUAGCGGGUCGGAAUCAUCUAAAGGUCUUAUCAGAGAUUCGAAAGAGGAGGCGGAUGACCCAAACAAAAACCAUCAAUUUGUUAGAAAUGUGGGUGAAAAUGGCAAAAAUGAUAAGGAAGGUGGUCAAGGAAUCAAGCGAGCUUCGAGUUCUGCCAAUGAGGCUGUUGUUGGUUCCACUGAGAGUGAAAUGCCAUUGACCUCUGGUGUUAAAUCUUGAUGGUACAUAAUAUAGAUUCUUCAAAAUCCUUCUUAUGUUUUUUUUAUGCAAUAGGUGCAUAAUUGACGUCGAAUUUGGGGACGUUUAACAUUGUUAAAAGGAAAUUAGUGCAUCGGCAAGGAAAUAUGGCUUGAUUAGUUAUUAUCAUCACUUAUCCUUUUGUAUGAUGUAACCUUCUUGUUUACACCUUGUGGGUUGUAUCGUGUAAUUUGAUAUGCCAUGAUCUUGUUUUCUACUCAUAAAGUUAUUGUCUAGUCCUAGUUUAGAGCUUAUAGUCAGUUGAAUACAUAUAAAAGGAAAUAAUUAUUUAGUUCAUUAAUUUACUUUGUUUUUCUUCGUUUCAAUACUGAUAUGAUUCUAUUGUACGCAGCCUUUUGAUUUCCUUAUUUUAGAAACAUACAGGAGAUGACCCUAAAAGAGAUGUAUAUUGUAUCGUGUAAUUUGAUAUGCCAUGAUCUUGUUUUCUACUCAUAAUGUUAUUGUCUAGUCCUAGUUUAGAGCUUAUAGUCAGUUGAAUACAUAUAAAAGGAAAUA